UUUUUAAUAUCGCAAACAAAGGUGCUGUUGUUAAAAAUGGUACCUUUUUUACGACUCCUAAAAUUGAUCCAGAGAAACAGAACGGAUCCGAUUUAAAAAAAAAACGGUGAAAUUUCCAUGAAAAAUUGAACAUUUCUCUAAAACUUGUUUCUAAAUUACCAAUGUCAAGGUCCAAAAUGGUCGAGCUAUUUGAUGCAAUCGAAAAUGAUUCUAUAUCAACAAUCGAAUAUUUGAUCCGGGGAGGAAUGAAUAUGAGCUUACGAUUUGACACUGGAGAUACUCCAAUCCAUGUGGCUGCAAGUUUUGGUCGUGCGAAUGUCACAAAAAUCCUCAUCAAACACGGUGCAGACCUCAGUGCUAAAACACAUGAUGGAUAUACCGCUCUUCAUAUUACUGCAUACAAGGAUUAUGCGAAAAUCACCGAAUACCUCAUCGAACAUGGUGCUGACGUUGAUGCGAAAAGCAGCGGUGGAUAUACAUCCCUCCAUUUGGCUGUGACGUAUGGUUCCGUGAAUGUCACAGAAGUCCUCAUCAAACAUGGUGCUGACAUCAGUGCUAAAAAUCAAAAGGGAAAUAUGCCAAUUCAUCUU